AUGACUGAACCCCAACAGUUGAUGAUGGAUUUUUCGCAAUCAUCCCAAGAAAGAAAUCUUCAUUGUUCCCCAAAUGAAGAAGCCAUCAAGUCAGAGAAGAGAGAAGAAGGUGAGAAGAUGAAACAAUAUGUUGGUGUUCGAAAGAGACCAUGGGGAAAGUUUGCAGCAGAGAUAAGGGAUUCAACCCGAAACGGGAAGAGGGUGUGGCUGGGGACAUUUGAUACUGCAGAGGCGGCAGCUUUGGCAUAUGAUCAAGCAUCCUACUCAAUGCGGGGUUCUUCAUCUGUUCUAAACUUUUCGGUAAAAACCGUUAAGGACUCUCUGAAAGGAAUCCGGUGUUGUGGUAACAUGGAUGGGAGAUCUCCUGCACUUGCUUUAAAAGCGAUGCAUAAGCUUCAGAGAGUAUCUUUGUCAUCGAAUUUGGGAGAAGCAAACAAGCAGCAGAAAAACUUACUAAUUUUGGAAGAUCUAGGAUCUGAUUUGUUGGAGGAGCUGUUAAGUUCAUGGUGA